GACGGUGGAGUUCAGUGUGCCAAAGGGCUUCCUAGAAGCCGGUAGUAGCAGCGCGCGUUCAUUUGUUUUGAAGGAGAGUACCAGUCGUUGGUUGAAUCGCGAGUGGAGUUUUCCGGUGCAAACAAAAAUGUCUACAUAUUUUGCGCGGGCCAGCAUACACUUCACGCGUAUACAAAGCAUUGAUUAAUGUACGUUUGUAGUACGGACAGAGUAAAUGAAAGGCAACGAGAGAUAUAUGUAGUGACUAUUUUUUUGCUUUGUGCUCGCGUGCCCGAAAUGUUACGUUGCAGCACUGUUAGCCUGCCAGGACGAACGGGUGGAACGAACUGGUGAUAACUCGGUGAGGCCCAGCAGAAUAUCUGUGCACGCAGACAGGCAGACAGUGGUGUUCAAAUUGCGAGGAGUGCAUUUGCGAACAUACAGUGUAGUGACUUCCGACUGCAACCGAUUGGGCCUUCACUCUACCAAAGAGGGAUUGUUUUUCGUGUUGAUUCGGUCGUGCUGUAUUACAAAAAAAUACAGAAAAUCACAGUGCAUGCUCGUGAUAUCUAUCAUUGUUUAUUUACCCGCAAUAAAGUGCUAGCCAGCCUUGUCGAGAGACUUUCCGUGAUUGAUUGAAAGAAAAUUCAUUUGAACGGAACCUAAUGACGUGGAAUUGUGUUAAAAGGUGCUUAUUUUUGUGGUGAUAAAUCGAUGAUUGAAAUAACGUAGGAGCGCGGAAAAAUCUGACCCCGCGAGACGAGUGUAGAUAUGAUUGCAUAAGUUCUUUUGUUCUCUGCAGCAUAAUCGUGCACAUAAGAGGAAAGAAAACAAGAAAGCGGCGCAUAGCAGAAAAUUAGUAGCGAUGUGUUUGUGUUCAUAUUCGGUGUAAGCUCAAAAAAUCUAUGAGAAUACUGCAACGUCCUAGCUUUUAGUAAUCAAAGUGAAUUAUUGGUGAAUUUGAGAAGUGAUUAAAGCUGGAUGUUGAAAAUGUCCUCGAUAUCCGCACAAGGAGUGGUUGAGCGUGCUUCGGCUGAACUGUCCAAACGCAUCAAUGGUCUUGGUCUGCGUUCGAAACAUCAUCAUGGCAGCGGAAGUGGUAAAUCUGGUGAAAAGACAAGCGUGAUGGAACGGGUCACAAACGUGCUCUGUGGUGGAUCUAGUAGCAACACCUCAGCACAAUCGGUUAAUUCUGGAAACGCCCCAGAGAAACCUUCCAGGAUAACUGGGAACAUGGCAAGCAACGUGCCGAAUAGUGGGAAGGGAUCUUCCAGCAGCAAAUCGCAAUCCAGCACGCCACAGACUACCCGAAAAAUUACACAUCACCAUCAGCACUACAGUGGCAAUAGUAAUAUUAAUCAUCACGGAGUGUUGAAUGUGCAUAGUGUUAAAAUGAUGACAGCUGCUCCUCAACCUUCGCAGAUCAUUACGAUCGAACAAUUGCUUCAAGAUGAACGGUUUCUCAAUCGUUUCUUCCUUUAUUUUUCGUCGUUCGAUCGAUGUAGUUUGGCACAGGUUUGUCAAAAAUGGCGGGACAUGCUCUAUCGCUCGCCUCGUUACUGGAGUGGCUUAGUUCCGGUGUUGCAGUGCCGUGAACUGCGUCAAAUUACGAAUCAGGAUCGGGUGAAACUUUAUAACUCACUAAUCCGGCGUAGUUUUCACGCCGUUUCCCUUAUGGGAGCUACCGACGAGGAUGCGCUGGAUCUUGUGCAUUCGUUUCCUCUCGCCUCAAAACACGUGCACUCACUCAGUUUGCGUUGUUCGUCCAUAAGCGACCGAGGACUGGAGGCGCUGCUGGAUCACUUGCAGUCUUUGUUCGAGCUGGAGCUAGCCGGAUGCAAUGAAAUCACCGAAGCUGGUCUUUGGGCUUGCCUAACACCACGGAUAGUAUCGCUGUCACUGGCAGACUGCAUAAAUGUGGCCGACGAAGCGGUCGGAGCUGUAGCACAACUGUUGCCUUCAUUGUACGAAUUUUCGUUGCAGGCGUACCAUGUAACGGAUGCAGCACUAGGUUACUUUUCGCCCAAGCAGAGCCAUAGCCUAAGUAUUUUACGAUUACAAUCAUGCUGGGAACUAACAAACCAUGGAGUCGUGAAUAUAGUACAUUCGUUGCCCCAUCUAACAGUAUUAUCGUUAUCAGGAUGCAGCAAGGUGACCGAUGACGGUGUGGAGCUGAUAGCGGAAAACCUGCAGAAACUUCGUGCACUUGACCUGUCGUGGUGUCCCCGGAUAACGGACGCCGCUCUCGAGUACAUUGCCUGUGAUCUGAACCAGCUGGAGGAACUGACCCUUGAUCGCUGCGUUCAUAUAACCGACAUCGGCGUUGGCUACAUCUCGACAAUGCUGUCAUUGUCGGCGCUGUUUCUGCGGUGGUGUACGCAAAUUCGCGACUUCGGCCUGCAACACUUGUGUUCGAUGCGCAACCUCCAGGUGCUCUCGCUUGCCGGGUGCCCCUUGCUCACCUCUUCCGGUCUAUCGAGCCUGAUCCAGCUGCGACACCUGCAAGAGCUGGAACUUACAAACUGUCCGGGGGCGUCCCAUGAGCUUUUUGACUAUCUAAGAGAACACUUACCGCGCUGUUUGCUGAUUGAAUAAUUCGCAAUGGUUUACUACUUUUUAUUUGUGUUCUUUAAAUUAUACAUCUUCUAAACAGCUCUCUGUAGAAGUUUAAUACCUAUUAAACAAAUAAAUCGAUCGGAAAAACUAGCUUUAAGUUACUCUACGUGAAGCAAAAAGAAAUAAACACAAGAGAUGAAUACAGCAUGUGAUUGGAUAAGUUAAGCUGGUGGACUAUGUAAGUAUUAGACUAGGGAAAAAUAGCUCAAACAUUACAUUUUCUUCGAUGUGAUGUUACCGGAUAAUUUUGCUACAAGAUUCAAACUGUAUAAGAAAAAUAUCCAAGCCAAUCCAAAUCUGUGCUCAGGUUGCAAAUACUGCGUUUGUAUAAAAACCGCGGGGAACUAUGAUACAUAUUUGACUCAACAUUUGACGCUUGCU